UCGGCAAAACACCCUAAUUAUUAGCAAUUCUAUUGAACAUAUUGAAAUUGAAAUAAUUUACAUGUAUUAAGAACGUGGUACUAAACUACAAGGUGAAUAGAUAGGUUCUGUUCCUAAUUUGUAUUUUGGUGAGAUUCUUGUGCGGGUUUUGAAGAUCCUUCCUCUUCAGAUUCAUGGCGGCAACCCAACCACCACAGGGUCCGGAUCGUACCACCGAAGAGAUACCAGCUGAACCAGACAACAUGAAAGAUCAGGUAGCGGGUACAGCAACUAUAGGUCAUUCCAGGGAGACCCCAAGUCAAUCAGGAUCUUUUGGUUCAGGUGGAGAUUGUCCUCUGUACCCACCUAAUGUGUUUGCACCCCAGGCCCAGGCUUUCUACUAUAGAGGUUUUGACAAUAGCAAUGGUGAAUGGGAUGAAUAUUCUUCAUAUGUCAAUUCUGAGGGAUUAGAAAUUGGAUCUCCUGGCGUCUACAAUGAAAAUCCAUCUCUUAUUUUCCAUUCUGGAUAUGGCUUCAACCCUCAAAUGCCUUAUGGACCAUAUUCCCCGGUUACUACACCUUUACCUUCUGUUGGUGCAGAUACACAGUUAUACUCCCCUCAGCAGUUUCCAUACACUGGACCACCUUAUUAUCAUCAACUGGUUCCUCCUAGCUUACCAUAUCUUAAUUCACCUACACCAAUUUCACAGCCAGAGCUCACCAACCUGGUAGGUAUUGACCAACAAAUUGAUAGCAUGUUUUUUGGACCAAGAGCAGGCUAUCCAUCAGUGGGAUCUUUGGGUAGAGGUACCUUUCCCGUAGCACCUGGUUCCUUUGGCUUUCAUGAAUCCCAACAAGGAUUUGAGGGACCUAGAUCUGGUGGAAUCUGGUCAGAUUGCUCAAAACCCUCAGAAAGGCAGAGAUCUAUGAUGCCUCUAUCACCAUCUGUUUCUCCACAGCCAAUUGGCUCGAUUGGGUCAUUUGGGCUCAGUGUUGGAAUGGCUUCUCAUCAACAGCAAUCAUUGUAUGGGUUUGGUUCUGGUUCAAACUACUAUGGUAGAGGCUACCUACCUAGCCAGGGUUCUAGCUUUGGAAGCACUUCCAUUUCCAAUUUUAAUAUUAAUGAUAGGAGCUUUGCUACUCUUGAAAAUAACAGACGGCAAGGCAGGUCAACUGCUUCUCUUUGCAAUUGUAAUGGUACUCUUGAUAUCCUUAGUGAGCAGAACCGAGGACCAAGGGCAUCAAAGCUGAAAAAUCAAAUUUCAGCUGAAAAUAAUUCUGUUGAUAAGAGUAAAAAUAGCGCAUCCACUGCCAAGUUCCAAAAUGAAUCACUCAAUCGGCCAGAUUUUGCUACAGAUUACCAGGAUGCCAAAUUUUUUGUCAUCAAAUCUUAUAGUGAAGAUAAUGUUCACAAGAGCAUUAAAUAUGGUGUCUGGGCUAGUACACCAAAUGGAAAUAGAAAGUUAGAUGCUGCUUAUCGCCAAGCAAUGGAGAAGCAUGAUGCCUGUCCUAUAUUUCUUUUUUUCUCGGUAAAUGCUAGUGCUCAGUUCUGUGGGGUAGCUGAAAUGGUUGGACCUGUCAAUUUUGAUAAGAGUGUGGACUUCUGGCAACAAGAUAAGUGGAGUGGGCAGUUUCCUGUGAAGUGGCGCAUAAUUAAAGAUGUUCCGAACAGUCAGUUUCGUCACAUUGUUCUUGAAAAUAAUGAUAACAAGCCUGUGACCAACAGUCGAGAUACUCAGGAGGUGAAACUGCUACAGGGGAUUGAAAUGUUGAGCAUUUUUAAAAACUAUGAAACUGAUGUGUCCAUCCUGGAUGAUUUUGAUUUCUACGAAGACCGGCAGAAGGCUAUGCAAGAACGGAAGGCAAGGCAGCAAAACAGCAUGAUGGCUACUGGAUUGGUUGGAGAAAGUGAACAUAGGAGUUCUGCUAACAGUACUGGUGAUUUCAUCAAGCAGAUGUCAAAGAGCUUUGCUCUAGUUGUUGGCUUAGAUGAGAAUAACGACGACGUUGUUGCUGCUGAUAGAGGUAAUUUAGCUUCUCAUGGUCCCAUCGGUAAUGUAGUUAAAGCUGAUGAUGGCCUUUCGGUGACCGCCUCUUCAACUCAAACCAAAACCAAUUAGGAAGACGUACAAAUUCUGCCAAGCAUGUUGAUCAUUUGGCGACGAAUUUGGUGAUUGAAAAUUGGAAUCGUCCUUGCUUUAUCUCAUUAAUUUUUCCAAACAAGGUAGUGUUGCUGAUGUUAUUCAAGUCAUUGGAGUCUCUGGGUUUCUAAAUGAGGUGGUUUUACCUAAAAGAAUGGGUUUCGUGUAUAAAAUGUUUCCUAGAGUGCGUCAACUAAAAUUGUCGUUUGUUACCCCAUCCCCCCCAUCUCUUCUGCUAUUUUAGUAGCUUAGAUUCUAAUAUCCUUCCUUUUGUUUUGUUCUGUUUUUUUAAUAAUUUGGGGUUAGGAUUGUUUGUUAGGUAUCUUAUUUGUAAAAUUUUCUCAUAUUUACGAACGUUUUAAUAAAGGCAGCAAAUCACCUUGAAAAUA